ACGGACCUGCCUUGGACCAUGGGGCUGCACCAGUUGUGCACACAGCUCGGCGCCAUGGCCUGCGGGCUUCUACUGCUUCUUCUCCCAGGCCAGGGCCAGGACUCCACAAGCCCCAUCAGGACAACAUACUCCGGGCAGGUGCAGGGGAGUCUGGUCCACGUGGAAGGCACCGACGUGGGAGUCCACACCUUCCUGGGCAUUCCCUUUGCCAAGCCACCUCUGGGGCCACUGCGCUUUGCACCUCCUGAACCUGCCGAAGUUUGGAGUGGAGUGAGGGAUGGUACCUCCCAUCCAGCCAUCUGUCUACAGGACAUGGUUGCUAUGAAUACCCAGACUCAGAAGCUGUUGAACCUGACCCUGCCAUCCAUUCUCAUGUCUGAGGACUGCCUGUACCUCAACAUCUACACACCUGCCCAUGCCCAUGAGGGCUCCAAGCUGCCUGUGAUGGUGUGGAUCCAUGGGGGUUCCCUGACUAUAGGCAUGGCAUCUUUGUAUGACGGAUCUGCCCUGGCAGCCUUCGAGGACGUGCUGGUGGUCACCAUCCAGUACCGCCUUGGCAUCCUGGGAUUCUUCAGCACUGGAGACCAGCAUGCCAGUGGCAACUGGGGCUACCUGGACCAAGUGGCUGCACUGCGCUGGGUGCAGCAGAACAUCGCCCACUUUGGAGGCAACCCUGACCGGGUCACCAUAUUUGGCGAGUCAGCGGGGGGCAUAAGCGUGUCCUCACAUGUGCUGUCACCCAUGUCGCAAGGACUUUUCCAUGGAGCCAUCAUGGAGAGUGGGGUGGCUGUGCUGCCCCGCUUCAUCUUGAAUUCAUGUGAUGCCAUCUCCACGAUGGUGGCCAACCUGUCUGCCUGUGACCAUGGGGACUCUGAGGCCCUGGUGGCUUGUCUGCGGGGCAAGAGUGAGGAGGAGAUGUUGACCAUCACCAAGGCCUUCAAGAUCAUUUCUGGGGUGGUGGAUGGAGCCUUCCUGCCCAAGCACCCCUUGGAGCUGCUCUCCUCAGCCAACUUUCAACCUGUGCCCAGCAUCAUUGGGGUGAACAAUGAUGAGUAUGGUUGGAUCAUUCCCUCGAGCCUGGGCCUCUAUGCCACACAGAAGGAAGUAGACAGAAAGACCAUGAGGACUUUUGUACAGAGAUCAUUGGCACAUAUGAUGCUGCCCCCUGAGUUUGAGGACAUGUUGAUGGAGGAGUACCUGGGAGAUACUGAGGACCCCCAGACCCUCAAGAUCCACUUCCUGGAGAUGAUGGGGGACUUGAUCUUCCUGAUUCCUGCCCUCCAAGUAGCACAUUUGCAGCGUUGCCAUUCCUCGGUCUACUUCUACGAGUUCCAGCAUAGGCCCAGCUUCUUCCAGGAUACCAAGCCGCCCCAUGUGAAGGCCGACCAUGGGGAUGAGGUUCUCCUCAUCUUCAGAAACUUUUUCAGGGGCACUCAGGUGACUCUCACUCAGGAGGAGGAGCUGCUGAGUAGGAGGAUGAUGAAGUACUGGGCCAACUUUGCUCGCACCGGGAACCCCAAUGGUGAGGGCCUGCCACACUGGCCCAUGUUGGACCAGGAAGAACAAUACCUGCAGCUGAGCACGCAGCCUGCAGUGGGCCGGGUCCUAAAGGCCCACAGGCGCCAGUUCUGGACCAAGUAUCUGCCCCAGAGGAUGCAGGAGCUGAUGGGGGCUGAGCAGAAUCAUGCGGAGCUGUAGCUGCCAUGUCAAGGUUGCAUGAAGGACUCACAGGCAAGUACCCAUGCACACCCUCAGAAGAGCUGUUGACUGGAUUCUAAGUUCAUGUGCCACUCACUCAUUCUUCUGUCUUUCCAUUCAGCAUCAUGUGCUGGGGACCUACCACCCUGUAAAAAUGUGUACCACAUACCAACGUCAAAUUAGAACAAUGAACACAUCUAUAUGGGCCUCUGAACUCUUGUCUACUAAGUCUUUUAAAGGUCAAUGUUAUACACCCUCCACAGUCUAGAACACUGGAACCAUUUUUUUGUAUGCAUUUUGCUGACCGUUAUCCAGCCAUUAUGCAGUCUACCACUCCUACCUUUAUUACUCUGUAGUGAUUACUAUUGUUCUUUCUACUGCUGUGACAUCGACUUGGUUAGGUUUUAAAAGUAAGUGCAGGCUCAACGCUGUGGUAUAAUGAACUAAGCCACUGUCUGUGAUGCCAGCAUUCCACGUGGACACUAGUUUGUGUCCUGGCUGCUCCCCUUUCAAUCCAGCUCCCUGCUAAUGCACUUGGGAAAGUAUCAGAGGUUGGGCAAAGAGCGUGGGCCCCGCAUCUGUGUGGGUUCCUUGCUUCGAAGCGGCAUAGCCACAUUUGGUGUGGCCAUUUGUGAGAUGAACCAGCACAUGGACUGUCUUUCCCUCUGUUUUGGUAAUUGUGUCUUUCAAAUGAAUA